CAAAGCUGUGUGCAUGUCCUGUGGCUGCUCAUUACUGACCCCGAUUAAGAGCCGUGCACUGCUCUCUGCAUUCCCUUCUAAAUGGAAAGUGCCGAGUUCUAUUACGUGUAUUACUUGGCUCAAGACUAUCUGCAGUAUGUGCUUCAGGAGUCACAUCUUGGACCAGCCCAAACCAGGGUUGCUCAUGUCUUGCGGAACAUCGCGUAUUCGCUGCAGGACCAGACCGAGGAGGCUCUCAGACCGUUCCUGGACAGGAUUGAUAUCACCUCUGUCGCUGUUGCCAGGAGAAUUUUCAAUGGCGUCAUGGAAGAAAAAUUUGCUGAUGGAAAUACUAAUUGGGGACGAAUUAUGACCAUAUUUACCUUUGGAGGUCUUCUCACUAAGAAGCUUCAAGAGCAUGGAGUCCAACUCACUGUUGAGGAGAAGGAGCAGAUUUCUUAUUUCAUCACAGAGUACAUCAUAAACAACAAAGCCGAAUGGAUAGAUGCGAAUGGUGGCUGGGAAAAUGGCUUCCUAACAAAGUUUGAAAGAAGAUCACUACUGUCUUUCUCCAAACUUACAGCCAUGUUCAUAGCUGUGUUUUCCUUGUUCAAAAAGUACUACUGAAAUAAAUGGACCUGCCACUCCUAUCUGAUCUAUAUGUUGCCACAAGCUUCAUUGCUAAGCUUUCCUCCAAGCA